GGAAUUUUAAACAGAAUAAUAAUAAUGGCAACUUCCAUGCGAAACUACAUGUGUGUAAAACGAUUUUGUUAAUAUUGAAAUUUAAGGGGGGAAAAUUCAAACAAUUAUGCCGGGUGAUACAAGAAGAAUUACGGGACCGGAGGUUACAUUCAACCUGUACACAUUCGUAAAAUCUGACGUGAAUGAAGAAACUGUAAAAGCCGAUGCUCGUAGUGAUGGACGCAAAACGGAAGAAGUCCGUCCAUUAUUUUUGCGGGCUGGAGUAACGAGUCAAGCCCAUGGGUCGGCGUAUAUCGAGCAGGGCCAGACGAAGGUUAUCUGUUCAGUGUACGGACCGCGUGAAGUGCUGAGAAAGGAGGACUUCAGCAUGAAAGGACAGCUAACAUGCGAGUUCAAAUUCGCGACAUUUUCGUGUCGCCAACGACGUCAGCAUCAACAGGACAGUCAGGAGAAAGACUACUCUGUGCAGAUACUGGAAGCUCUCGAACCCGCGGUGUGUCUGCACAAGUUCCCUAAAGCUCAGGUUAACAUCUACAUCACUGUCCUGCAAAAUGACGGCAGUGCUCUUGCAGCUUCCAUCACCUGUGCAUCUGUUGCGCUGGCUGAUGCAGAGAUAGAGAUGUAUGAUCUUGUUGCUGGGUGUUCAUCAAGGGUUUUUGGAGGUCAUGUUUUAAUGGACCCCACAGACCAUGAAGAAUAUAGACAACAAUCGAAAAACCAUGAAGGAGGUUCGGUCACGGUUGGGUUGAUGCCGUCUCUCAAUCAGAUCUCUGCCCUGACAUCAAGGGGAGAAAUCGAGUUCAGUCUGGUGAACAAGGCGGUGAAACAGUGUGUCGAGACCUGUCAGAGGUUGUACCCAGUUCUACAAGCAGCCUUAAUGAAAUCAUUGAAACACAAGUUAAAAGAGACAACAUGAAGAAUUGUAUGCUCAAUUAGCAUUAAGCAGACUCGGACCAAGUUGCUAAACCACAAGUUGAAACCUGAAAAAUUAAUCACAUCUUUACUGACUUUCACACUACAAGUUGACACAAGAUGAACAUUAUCUCAUCUAGCAUAAUUAAUAAAAAUCACUUAAAUGAGAUGGCUUGCAAAGUAAUUGCAUCUAGUAGCCUUAGUGAAACUAGAACAUAAUCUAACUUUGAACUACUGUGUAACUCACUUAUAUUUUAUAAUUUUAAACUUUUUUUCUCUUCUGUUCACUGUAAUAAAGAUCCAGUCUGUCCAGAAGGUAGACCGUGAAGUUGACAGUUUGGGUAAAAACUCAAACUGAAAGAGACAUUAGUCUCGUAUAGUCUGGAUGUACUUCUGCUGGAUGUGGCAUGUAUGUACGGUCUGACUGAUACAUCUGGGCAUUUUGGGCAUAUACACCAUAUACGAUUAUUUCAUUUUGCAGACCCACACAAUCAAUUUAGAAGCUCUUAAUUAAAUAUAUUUCUUUUUUUUCUUUUUUUAUUUGGAUUGAAUGCAUGUGCAUCCAGUCUGUAUGACUAUGAGCCUUUACAUGAACGUUAAAUUUUACCAUUUAAUGUACUGGUUGGUACAGUGUCUGUUCAUGAACAGUUCUAGUUCAGGUGAUAUCGGUAGUUUAUUUUUAAAAUGUACAGUAAAUACUGUGGACUUGCCUAUCUUUAAGAUGAUUACAUUAAUUGCAUUUUAUCACAAUGGUUACUCAUUUCUAUUUUUGAUAAAAUAAAGGUUACAUUAAAUAGA